GCAGUGCGCAGGCGCGCACCUGUGCGGCGCAGGGGCCGCGCGCGCCCCGCCUCUCCCGCCGCCCUCGUCUCUCCACCCGCAGGCCCCGCCUCGCUUCCUCCCCGCAAUCGCCCGGUGGCUCGGCAGGCGGGCGGCGUGCUGCUGCGUCAUCGCCAGGGGCCGGUUUGAAUGAGUUUCUUGUCGCCCCGUGUCUGCCGCAACCACCACCGCCACCGCCGCGCCUCCGCCUCGGCCGCCACCGCAGGUCCUUCGCGGCCCCUUCCCUUCGUCGUCCUUGCCAGGCCCGGCCUUCCCGCGCCGCCGCGCCCCCGCGCCCCGCCAUGCCGCUCUACUCCGUUACUGUGAAAUGGGGAAAGGAGAAAUUUGAAGGUGUAGAACUGAAUACUGAUGAACCUCCAAUGGUGUUCAAGGCUCAGCUUUUUGCACUGACUGGAGUCCAGCCGGCCAGACAGAAAGUUAUGGUGAAAGGAGGAACACUGAAGGACGAUGAUUGGGGGAACAUCAAAAUGAAAAAUGGAAUGACUGUACUAAUGAUGGGGUCAGCAGAUGCUCUUCCUGAGGAACCCUCAGCUAAAACUGUCUUUGUAGAAGACAUGACAGAAGAACAGUUAGCAUCGGCUAUGGAAUUACCAUGUGGAUUGACAAACCUUGGUAAUACUUGUUACAUGAAUGCUACAGUUCAGUGUAUUCGUUCUGUGCCUGAACUCAAAGAUGCCCUUAAAAGGUAUGCAGGCGCCUUGAGAGCUUCAGGAGAAAUGGCGUCGGCACAGUAUAUUACUGCAGCCCUUAGAGAUUUGUUUGAUUCCAUGGAUAAAACUUCUUCUAGUAUUCCACCGAUUAUUCUACUGCAGUUUUUGCACAUGGCUUUUCCACAGUUUGCAGAGAAGGGCGAACAAGGACAGUAUCUUCAGCAGGAUGCUAAUGAGUGUUGGGUACAAAUGAUGCGAGUAUUACAGCAGAAAUUGGAAGCUAUAGAAGAUGAUACUGUUAAAGAGACAGAUUCUUCAUCUGCAUCAGCAGUGACACCUUCUAAAAAGAAAAGUUUAAUUGAUCAGUUCUUUGGAGUCGAAUUUGAGACAACCAUGAAAUGUACAGAAUCUGAGGAAGAAGAAGUCACUAAAGGAAAGGAAAGUCAGCUUCAGCUUAGCUGUUUCAUCAAUCAAGAAGUCAAGUAUCUUUUUACAGGACUUAAGUUGCGACUUCAGGAAGAAAUCACCAAACAGUCUCCAACAUUGCAAAGAAAUGCUUUGUACAUCAAAUCGUCCAAGAUCAGCCGGUUACCUGCUUACUUAACUAUUCAGAUGGUUCGAUUUUUUUACAAAGAGAAGGAAUCUGUGAAUGCUAAAGUUCUUAAGGAUGUGAAAUUUCCUCUUAUGUUGGAUGUGUAUGAACUAUGUACACCAGAACUUCAAGAGAAAAUGGUUUCUUUUCGAUCAAAAUUCAAGGAUCUAGAGGAUAAAAAAGUAAAUCAGCAGCCAAAGACAGGUGACAAAAACAGUAGUCCUCAAAAAGAAGUUAAGUAUGAACCCUUUUCUUUUGCUGAUGACAUUGGCUCCAAUAAUUGCGGAUACUAUGAUUUACAAGCAGUGCUAACGCAUCAGGGAAGGUCUAGCUCUUCAGGCCAUUAUGUCUCAUGGGUGAAAAGGAAACAAGAUGAGUGGAUCAAGUUCGAUGACGAUAAGGUCAGCAUCGUGACGCCAGAGGACAUCCUACGACUCUCUGGCGGUGGCGACUGGCACAUAGCUUAUGUUCUCCUCUACGGGCCUCGCAGAGUGGAGAUCAUGGAAGAGGAAAGAGAACAGUAAUCUUCAUUUUAGCUAUUUAUGCUUAGGUGUGAAAUAAAUGUUAUUUGUUGAUCAUUUCUAUAACCCAGAGCUUUGGAGGAAGAUGUUUAGGUGGUUUUACGUGUCUCCCCUCAUGUGGAACAAGAGAGGGCAGAAGCAGACCACUCUGUGUUACCGACCUAAGAAAUUACAGAAAAGAGAACAGAAAAGAAAAAUUGCCUUUGGACUGUGCUGCCCUGUGUAAAGGUGGCAGGAAGAAUUUUUUAAAAAGCUUAUUGCUUGGAUUGAUUUUUAAAAAUUAUGAGUUGAAAUGCCUUUCAACCAUUAUUACCUUCUGUGAUAAUUUUUCUCCCUGUCUUUUUCAGCCCAAGAUUCAGCAAUCAGAUGUUUAUUGCACACCUGUUACUCUAUUAUUUGUUGUUCUUGCAUGGUUCAAACCACCCGAGAUUCAGUAGCUGCCCAUCCUUUGCCUUAUCUAACACAAAUGUUGCCAGGAAGGUGGAAAGGAAGUAAGUUUGAUCUCAUUGUGUAACUCAGUGCUGCGUCCCCACCCCCAUGGAAACAUGGGUACAAUCAAGUAUUUGUCCAGCCUGACUGUUGCUGGCUUUUCAUGACUUUAAAAUAAAUUGUGAUCAAAUAAUAGUACAUUUGAUUAUACAUUUGUUACUGUGUCUCUGAUGUACUAUGGUUUGUACAUUGAACUUUGCUAUGGUUUUGUAGUAAUGAACCUUAAAAUGUUGACAAGCUCCAGUUGCUUAUUUUUAGAAAAUGAGGAUAUUUAAUAAAAAAAAAAAAGAGGGACUAAGAGCUUUUGACCUCAAGUCUUUUGUCUGUUGGAGCUUGGCUGAAGUUCAGAUAUAUUUAAUACUAUUAGUUUCUGCAGAUGGUUAAUUAUGCUCUUAAGCAUCUAUUUGAAAAUACUACCUUCUUCACCUGCUAGCCUAAUACUGUUUAAAGAGAAACACAAAGUUGUAAAAGUAAUGAAGUUCUUUGGAUAAUGAAUGCAACCAUGUUUAUCACAUCUGUUCCUUGGCUCAGUUGGGUGUUUGUUUCUACUCUGUCAACUCCCAACUUCUUCAUGUGUAUCUCAAAAUUUAAUACCAGUGAUUUUUAGUAGAAAUAUCAAGAGUGUGAGAUACUGCAAUAUAUAGUAGAUUUUACAGUCUCAUCAAUUCAUUUUUGUUUUAUUGUGAGUGAAAGGAUAGGAUAUCAGCUGUCUUAUUUUCUUUUGAGUUAGAUAUUUAUAAUAAAGUUGUAGGGAUUAUCAUGAAAUCUUUAUCCUUGCUUAUGCUGUUUUAAAAGGCUCUACAGAGCACAGCAGUGACAAAAAAAAAUGGCCAUUUUCCUCUCAAGUUUGAACAAUGUAAUCUAAGAAUACUUAGAAGGUAAAAUAAGCGUUUCAGGGACACUUACCUGUAAAUAGCUUCUUAAGCUAAGCUCUAAUACUGGCAGCCAGUCCUCUUGCCUUGGAGAGCGUGCAGAAGAGGAAAGGGAGGUCGACAUUCUUUUAUAUAUUGGUAUGAUGCUUGUGAAUUGUGAACUUUUUUAUUCACUGUCUUAUUUUCUGAACAACUCUGAGGACAAAAAUUUAGCAAUUAGGAUUCAGAUAUUAUGAUUUGGAGGAUGCUGUAGCUACUAGGUCAGGUUGGAUUAGAAGAAACUAUAGGAGCCUUUGUGGGAUUAGCAUUUUAAAUUGUAAUCUCUUAACUGUCAUUACAAAAAACUUGACUUCAUUUUAUUUGAUCCAAAAAAGCAUUAUUCCAAAGAUUUCUUGAAGUGUAAGAAAUUGGACUUCUACUAGUGUCUUUUAAACUGUUAAAGACUAUUUUAGAAUUCAGCCUUGCGUAUAAGAUCUUUGAAAAGGAGAAUAAGGGAAAAAAACGGGAUUCCUGAGCGUGCCUUACAGACUGUGCCCCCUGCCCCGAGGCCCUUUUGAUACCAGAGCUGUGCUGGAGCACUGGGGGACUGGCAGCAGGCGCUCAGACCUCCCUCAGCAUUGAAGACAGUGACGACCUAGCCUUUGAGCCCUGAAGGGUGCGCUGAUGUGGGAACGGGGGGCAGACGGUCCGGUUCGGCUGUCACUGCAGGCUGUGCGGAGGUGCUGUCACACACAUCUCAUUGGAACUUCGCAGCAACCCCUGAGGCAUGUAGCCCUGUUUUAAGUGACCUGAGACAUAAGUUCUGUAAGGCUAAGAGAAUUAGGUUUUAUACUUCAUCCCAUUUCUUUCAAGGUUGGGGGUUGGCACAUCUUUCUGUACUGGGCCAGAUAUUUUCAUACGUUUUAAGCUUUGUAGGCCAUAAGUCUUUGUUGCAACUGUGUACCUUUGUAGCGUGAAAGGAGCCCAGAGGUAGGCAGCACUUAAAUAAGGAUAGGUGUGGCUGUGCCGUAAACACCUUACUUAUAGAAAGAGGUGGCAAAUAGAAAGAGGUAGCAGAUGGACCACUGUUUGCUGAUCCUCUGCUUUAAAGCAUAUAUGGCACUAGAGCAGUCAUGCAGCUUCAGAAAGUAUUACUGUGGGAUUCUCGGCAAGUUAAAUUCUGUAACUUCAGGGCAUGCAGGAAACACCAUGCCCUUGAACAUUGCUAACUGACUUACACAUAUAUAAUUAACAAAAAUACUAUGUGACCUUGAGGUCACUUUAUUCUGCCCAUUUCCCCAACUUCUCCCCCUAAACCCUGAGGUCAAGAGCCAACAUAUAUUCUGUUGUUCGUGGAGCACCAGCCAACUGUACAACUGUUAUAAAAAUGUUUAUUGUUUACCAAAACCAGUGGACCUCUUAUCAAAUGCUGCUUGGUAACAAAACCUUAUCACAGUUUUAAUAAUAAUAAUAAAAGAACGAAGCUAA